AUGGCAAGAAGGAGAGAUAGAGAUGUAAACUGGAGCCCGGAAGCUGAGGAAGAACUGCUUAAACGUCUAGGUGAGUUCAAUUUAUUGAACUCUGUUGGUACCACCCCUCACCGAGAUAAAUACACACAAUGGGCGGCGGAGCUAAGUGAGCAUUUUAGCGUUCCCCUAACUUGGGACAAGGUCAAACAAAAGGCCAGUAGACUGAAGAAAACGUUUGAUACUGAGUUUCUACUUCGCACUGCCACCGGACUUGGAUGGGAUCCGAUUAAAAAGAAACCCACUUGCACUAACGAGUAUUGGCAACAAUUUAUCAGUAUCCAUCCCGAGGUUGAAAGGGCGAGGAGGAAGCCCUUGUUGGAUUACGAUCUAUAUUAUUGCGCGUUUGCCAAUACUCGGGCAAAUGGGGCCUUUGAGUAUGGUCAAGAUGAUGCUCCACCACAACAUAGGUCCGGCAGCCCAACUGAGCGAGGAACAACUAGUUUCAAUGACGGUGACGAUGUUCCUCCUACAGAUAGAAGACAUGGCAUGCAUAGAGAAAGCCGCGGACAACAUGCACACUCACCACCGCGAGUAGUACGUCGACGUUCAAGUCGUAGCUCUCGUAGAGCGUCGCCUAGCUAUAUGGAGCGUGCCGUGGAUCGCCUCGUCAAUUCGAUAGAAACAAGCAGUUGGUUGCGCGGUGUAAGUGCAUCUGCGAACAUGUCGGCUCAAGUUGAAAACAUUCAGGAUCAAUGCAUGGAUUUAUUGGCAACGUUGGACAUCUCCCAAGAACAGUAUAUCUUCAUGUUCAACUUCAUGACUAUAGAGCCUAGGUGGCAGCGUCCAUUCCUGCAUAUGCCAGAACACCAUCGGCUUGUGUGGAUUCAGCAGACUAUGGAGCAGUGUACCAGACAACAAGUUGCUCCUCAGCCGCCACAACAAAUGCCUUCGACCUCGUACUUUUAG